GGCAACGGUCGGAGAAGGCCUGGAACGUCCACGGACCACUCGGAUUUGAGCCGCUAGCAAAUGUCCCUUGCUUUAUGCUUCGUCUCCUGUCUUUGAGGCUGCUUUGCCCAUGUUGCAUUGCGUUGCCAUCAUGAUCAAUGUACUCGACAUCUGUGCCAAGUUGCGCGUCAGAAGUUGUUUUGUUCUUGUCUCUCUCUUCGACGUCCUUCUGGAAGGAAAUACUGACAUGGCCGAUCAACUAGAUACCGAGCUAGUACCAGUCAACGUCUCAACGUCUCGUCGUACUGGGAGUCUCCAUAGCGGCUUGACCUAAUAACAUCGCUUCCUCUGCCAUGUGAUCCUCCCAGUCACCCAUGUCCAACAAUUAUCAGGAUCACUUUUUCGAUCUGGAGAGAGAUAUCAUCGCACCCAACAGGUCGCCGCUUUUGGAGGAAGCAAGACCGGUGCUCACGCCUUGUGACAGUCCUCCGCCGCUGGUCCCUGUAUAUCCGUCAUCGGAUUCUUCUGACCUGGAGGACGUCGGGGAAUUCCGCCCACCGAGACGGAAAAUCCGAAAGGGUCGAACAAACGCUUCCUUGAGUGACGGCGUGCUGAUUCGCUCAAUAGCUCCUAACCAGGUCGAUGUUGCUGCGGACGCAGAAAGACAUGCCUUAGCAUCGGCCAGUCAAUCUGAGGCAGACGUGGAGGAGGAGGAGGACUUGGGUGUGGAGGACGACGAGGAUAUCGAGCCUGAGUCAGCAUCAGUUCGAAUGUUGCUCGACAACGAAUUCGUCCGCCAUGCAGCCGUGAAGGCGCCGGAUGGGGCCGAUGCCAUUGCGACUGCUCCAUCGGACAUUAUCAAUGACAAGGACGGCGAUUUCCCAAUGAUUUACUCCCCUGAAAGCGUGCCUGUUAUCAACGAGGUCAAUGGCACGACAGUUGGUCAUCGCAUCUUGACGGAGCACAGCUGCUCGAAACACGAUGGAUGCUUUACGCCCCCCAAGCACAAGGCCGCCAUGGCAAGCUGUUGGGACACAGCUCCUCCUUCGAGAGAGACUUCGAGGGAGGCUUCGACGUUCGGCCACGGUCUUCGACUGCAGCUCGAUACCAAUCAAGACCGUAUUGCAUCCCUUCUAACGUCUCCGAUACUGGGAAAGUUCACCAUAACCCCUUAUGAUCCUGAUCCAGACAUGGUCUUGCCUGCUAUGCAGCUGUCGCCUUCACCUUCCUCGCCAGCUGCAUCGCCACGACAGAAGCAGACACUACCCUCUCUAAGAACAACCCUGGGAGGGUAUCCAACGAGCUCGACAGGCUUCCCCGGCUUGUCUCCUGUUCUUACACAACAUUCACCACCCCACUCGCAUCAAUUCGGCCCGACACUAUCCUUCCCCCCUUCGACACAUACCGGCAUGUCUCCUCCACCACGAAAUAUGUGGCGUACAACGACUGUCGACAGUUCUAUAUCCACAUCUUCCGAAUGUACACCCGCCAGUUCUGCGGCUGCCUCCACGCCCGCCUCAUCUAUCCUCGCACCAUCUCCGGCAGCAUCCUCAAACCCACAUCCUUUGACACCUUUGCCGGAGGAAGAGACGUCCUCUUUACAAUUGCAAGAAUUUCGACAUGAAAUCAAACAGCUCUCGAAGAGACCAACAACACUUUCGGAAUCAAGUCCCGAAUCUGACCUUGAUCCACUGGGGAACGAAGCGUCGAAUUCGACCCGCUCCUUCGCGGACGGAAUGUAUAGAUGUACCUAUGAAGGAUGCAACGCCGCGUCCUUUCAAACACAGUACCUACUGAACAGUCACAUGAACGUACACUCAGAAAUGAGGACGCAUUUCUGUCCGGUCGCAGGAUGUCCGCGUGGUCCAGGAGGUCAAGGCUUCAAGAGGAAGAACGAAAUGAUUAGGUAAAGAGCUCCGAAGAACAACGUGAUUCUCAACUAAUUCAAUUGCAGACACGGCUUAGUCCAUACCUCUCCUGGUUACAUCUGUCCAUUCUGCGCAGACCAACAGCAUAGAUAUCCCCGCCCGGACAA